ACGUUAGACGGGAGGAGCAGCACCUGUGACUGCCCCGCGGUGGCGGGGGGAGGCGCCCCGAACCCAUUGUCCAGGGUGGAAGGCUGGGGAAGGCUGCAUGGGGCCUCUGAACCCCCAGCGUGGAGCACUCGGAAGGGGUCUGAAGGGGUGCAGGGCCUCAGGAAUGAGAAGAUGAGGUGGAAGGUGGACCUGGGGGCCCCUCCUACCCCACCUGGCUGGAACCCAAGAGACUGUAGCUGCCAGGAUGAGGCUGCCAUGUGGCUUGUGGCUGUGGCUUUCCUUGCUGAAAGUCCUGCAGGGCCAGACCCCAAGCCCCCCGCCGCUCCCACCCCCAGUGCAGAGCUUCCAAGGAAACCAGUUCCAGGGGGAAUGGUUUGUCCUGGGCCUGGCGGGCAACAGCUUCAGGCCGGAGCACAGGGCGCUACUGAACCCUUUCACCGCAACUUUCGAGCUAAGUGACAAUGGCCGCUUUGAGGUGUGGAAUGCCAUGACUCGAGGCCAGCACUGUGACACGUGGUCUUAUGUGCUGAUACCGGCAGCCCAGCCCGGGCAGUUCACGGUGGACCACGGUGUGGAACCUGGGGCAGACAGAGAGGAGACCUGGGUGGUGGACAGCGACUACACCCAGUUUGCCCUGAUGCUGUCCCGGAGACACACGAGCAACCUGGCUGUCCUCAGGAUCAGCCUGCUGGGCAGGAGCUGGCUGCUGCCUCCCGGGACACUGGACCAGUUUAUCUGCCUGAGCAGAGCUCAGGGCCUCUCGGAUGACAACAUUGUCUUCCCAGAUGUGACCGGAGGUGCCCUGGACCUCAGCAGGCUGCCCUGGGUGGCAGCCCCAGCCUGGCCACUCAGAGAGCCCCAGCCCCCAAGCCUGACUCUUCUUGUGGGAGGGUGAGGCUGGUCACCCCAGGCCAGCAUCUGUUGAAGGAUGAAGUAGCUCCUGCCCGGCCCGGACCUGCCUCACAGCUGCGCGAGCUCUGCCCUCCUCCACUCUCAAACCUGAAUAAAUGCACCAUGUCCAGA